AUGGCACAAUUGUUCAUUAAGCAAGCAAAGCAAUAUGCAGAAGCCAGGCCAAGUUACCCGAAAGAAUUGUUCCAAUUCAUUGCCUCCAAGACACCCAUUAAAGACCUUGCUUGGGAUGUGGGCACAGGCAGUGGUCAGGCAGUUCACUCUUUAGCUGAGAUCUUCAAGAAUGUAAUAGCCACAGACACGAGCUCGAAACAGCUAGAAUUUGCACCUAAACUUCCAAAUGUCCGAUACCAGCAAACUCCACCAACCAUUCCAAUGGAAGAAUUCGAACAAUAUAUCUCAAUAGAGUCAAGUGUAGAUUUAGUCACAAUUGCUCAAGCCAUGCAUUGGUUCGACUUGCCAAAAUUUUACCAUCAAGUGAAAUGGGUACUCAAGAAGCCCCAUGGAGUCAUUGCAGCCUGGUGUUACACAGUUCCAGAAGUUAACGACUCAAUUGACUCUGUCUUCAAACCAUUUUACGCCAUUGAUUCCGAGCCUUAUUGGGAAGCGGGGCGUAAAUGGGUAGAUGACAAAUAUCAAAAUAUUUAUUUUCCAUUUGAACCAGUUGAAGGAAGUGAUGACACGGGACCAGUUAAGUUUGUAAUAGAGAGAGUUAUGAGGUUGGAUGAUUUUUUCACUUACUUGAGGUCAUGGUCUGCAUAUCAAACGGCUAAGGAGAAAGGUGUAGAUCUUUUGAGAAAUGAUGUGAUUGAAAAGUUCAAGAAUGCUUGGAAUGAAGAUGGGAGUGAUGAAAAAGUUGUUAAGUUUCCUGUUUAUUUGAGGAUUGGUAAGGUUGGGAAUAUUUGA